CUUGGGUGUCUUGUUGCAUCCGGACGGUCGCCCAGAGGUAGCCCACGGAGGGAUGGUGUGAGUCAUCUGCCGCCAUGGCACAUCUCUACAAGCAGCUCACACCGCUUCUCGCUUGGACAGUGGGUCCAACUUCCCCCGCGUUCGCGGCCGUGGAACGGCCAGGAACGGGACCCCCGAGCGAACGGGCCUGAAAAACAGCCAGCAAAAAAUGGGUUGUGCAGCUGUACAAGAGUUAUUCAAGACACCACCCGAAGGAAGCACUCUCAUACAUAUGGUUUCAAUCUCAGGAGAUCAACACCUUGUUUGAGACGGCUUCUUUUGCAUUUUUGGAGGAUCCUGCCUCUAAGGCAGGUCCUGUACGUGGACAAGAAGUCGGGCUAUGAUCCCAAGAAAUGGGCGGAGGCCAUCAAGGUCACCCGCACCGUCUACGUGGGAAAUAUGGCUUUCUGCACCAGAGAGGAGCAGGUUUAUGAACUGUUCUCGAAGUGUGGCGACAUCAAGCGAGUGAUUAUGGGUCUCAAUCGAAGAGACAAAUAUCCGUGUGGCUUUUGCUUCGUGGAGUAUUUUACUCAUGAGCAAGCGGAGCAAGCAGUGAACUUACUGAACAAGAUCACCUUGGAUGAUCGUGUCAUCCGUGUUGACCUGGACGCUGGCUUUACUGAGGGCCGUCAGUUCGGCCGGGGGGAGUCCGGGGGGCAAUGGCGCGAUGACUUCCGUGAAGAUGUGGACGAAGGGCGUGGUGGGCAAGGUGGAGGCCUGUUGAAACGCAUCGAAGGAAUGCCCAACCGCCAAGUGUACAGGGGUCAGAAACGGCAGGCACAUGGAAGGUUUGCGACGGAAGAGGCCAAGAAAGCGGCCGCAAAGCCUGGAGGCUUUGCUCAAGUGGGCGAACAGUUCUCGGACCUGCCCAUGGCCUUUGGGCCGCAGCGCUUUGCAGGAGCCGGCAAAGGCAGAGGUGACAGAGGUGGCAAAGGCAAGAGCAAGAAAUGAGCCCCAAAGGCUUGCUGUGGCUUACCAGGCACUUUUGGCACAGACAGGAAUCAGGCGCAGUCUUUUGGUGAAAGGAAAAGCAACUCUGACCGAAAGUGUAGACCUGAAAGGCCGUUGAAAGGCCUGACAAAAAGCAAACUCCAACGUGCAGGGUUUCGCGAAUGCUUUCAUUUGGGUCCAGUAGAUAUCAGUCGUUGGUUCUCGAGACAACGGAUCGCCUUGCAGUGCUCACCAAAAGCGAGCAACGGAGUAUUGUACAAAGUAGAUCGUCCGAGAUUGUCCAGGGCCCGAAAACGGGCCCCGCGUCAGCAUCAGGA